GGUCAGGAAGCCCCAGCAUGCAGGGCCGUGCACCCGCGUCCACGCUGCUCUUGCUGCCGCUGUCCCCGCUGCUGGCGCUGCUGCUGGGGGCCGCCACUGCAGCUCCGCUGGCGCCGAGACCUUCCAGGGAGGAGCUGACCCGCUGUCUGGCAGAGGUGGUCACGGAAGUGCUGACGCUGGGCCAGGCUCAGCACGGCCCCUGCACGGCCCUCCUCCACAAAGAGAUGUGUGAGACAGGGCCCUCUGGCUGUGCGGCCAGCGAGGAGAAAGGCCUGCUGACUGGGGACUUCAAGCGGGAGUCUGGGAAGACAAGGUCCAGCCAGGAGGUGAGGGGUGAGGAGGCGGCGGCAGCGGAAAGGACCCACAAGUCUGAGGUGCGGGAACAGGCCGUCCGAGAGCAGCUGCACAGCCAGCUCCGUGAGGAAGAGGAGGAGGAGGAGGAAGAAAAGGAAGAAAAGAAGAGGCCCGUGGAGACCUUUGAGGGCCUGUGGAAGGAGCAUCUGGAGGGCAGAGGGGGCCUCCAGAAGCGCGUGGCGGAGCAGGCCAGUGACGAGGAGACAGCCCGCUUCGAGGCAGAGGAGAAGGGGGUGCAGGUGCUGGGCGGGGGCCACCGCCUGUGGCCGGGGGCCGAGGGGGGCCGAGGAGAAAGGCACGAGGACGCACAGCAGCACCACCGCCAGCCAGAAGCUGAGGCCAAGGAGGCGGAGAAGGAAGACGCUUCCGAGAGGGAGGAGCCGGACGUGGCACGGCUGGAGCACGUGAGAGAGGAGCUGAAGAAGGCGACAGAGAUGCUGGGGGCGGAGCUCCGGAGGGAGGGCUGAGCCGGCCCUGCCCUCCUCCCCUACACUAUGGCUUAGUACUGUUGAUCCCCGGUGCCCCCACUCACCUGGCACCCCACUCUACUCCCUUUCCUGGCGGGAGCGGGAGGAGAGAGCACCUGGGAACGGCUGCGGCGCAAGGUCUGAGUCGCAAGGGCCGAGGGGCUGGGCUCACCCCACUCAGGAACACCCCGACACCCCUGGCACCCACUCCCCCCUCCAGGUGAAUAAAGCACACAGAAAACCGC